CUGUAUGUUCACACAUUGUUUUAUAUAAGGCCCGUCCCGCAAGAUAUUGGUAUGUCUGAUAUAGAUGGUAUAAUUGGGAUUUGUUGAUCUUGCGACAUUGUUUUAUCGAUUAGUUCUGUUUUUGUUUCUGUUAAUUCUCCAAUUCUUUGUAGAUAUCGUGAAUAAGCUCUAGUGACAGGUCUUGUCAUGGUAUGUACUUCGCCAUCUAGUGUGAACUUCCAAUUCUGAUUAUAUAAAACCAAUUAUUGUCACAUGUCCAUUGGUGAUGCAGCCAUAAGAAAAAGAAGGAAGAAAAGAACCUCGGCACGUCCUGGAUUGAAUUUCGCGAAGUAAUAAACCAAACAGAACGAACUGGAACUAUAAUUUUAUUAAAUGUAGCUCGUUCAUUAGCCAACGUGCCCGGUUAUUAAGUAAUUCGAUUCGUAAGCAAGGAACAGAUUAUAUCUAAGGAAUAAGAGACUAUCUCACUUCACGUUCCUGAUCGCCACACAGUAUGAGAUUGGGUAUACUAAGAAAUCGAUUGGGCAGUUUAUAUAAAUAUUACAGUGUAUAGCCUUAAAUGUAAAUACUAACAAUGCAGUUCAAAUAAUUAAAAACCAAUUUUUUCCACAUGAUAUAACGUACACCAGGAACUGCAAUGCCAAUCGAAAUAAUCAUACAUACGGACAACGUAUUUUCACUGCUAAAAUAUAUUUUUUUAAAUCCUCAACAUACUGCUGACCAUUUCAUCAGAUAUUCAGAGAUCAGAAAAUUUUUCCUUCGGCUCGUAAAAACUGACGUACCAGUUUGUCCAAAAAGAAAAAAGAUUGCUAGAAAGAAUCUUUUAUGCGCAACAUGCAUAUCAACUCCAUCAAAAUUGCGACAAGCCACAAUCGCAUCGAGUGACGUAUUUCAAACAGCCUGGUGUCUGUUAUCCGAAACGUUCUUCGACGUCGUAAUCAUGCAUACUGACCACCGUGCCAAGCGAUCAGGUGUAUUCAGAUAAUAAAACAGAGAUGCGUGCAGGCGUUACAAUAAAUUCUAUACCUAAGACAUACGCCCUUCUAACCCAUCCAAUAUAUUUCAUCGACCCCAAUAUCAAAGACAAAGGCACCUCUAACUUUAGAAACUAAUUAAACAACCUUUCCCCGAACUCCAUAAUCAGUUCCACACAGUCACUGUAAUCGCUCGUGCCGUAAUCCUGCGACGAAGAUACUCGGUUGCGAGUAGAAAAAUCUUUGAAAAAUAUUUUUGCAAUUCUUUGUACAAAAAGUAAUAGUCAGUGAACUUGCAUGACGAUAGAUGAACAUUUUUUACUCAGUGCUGCCUUAUCCUUUGUCCUAUGGUAGGCAUAGCUUAUGGCAAUAUCUUUAUUCCGUCCGUAUACUAUAUUAUGUCUAGAGGCCCCUCAGUUAUGGUGUAAAUAAAUACUCCGUAUCUUAAGCCCUGCUACCAUACAGUUCAGUUCAUUGUUUCAGGAACUUCCGAACAGAUAGAUUUCAUACAGUGAAGCGAUGCAGUCGAAACGUCAUUUCAGUUGUGAUUGAGCAUUGAAGUUGACCAGGUGACCAGGACAGAAAAAUUGUGUCGCCCCAUCGGUAAGCCGAGUAUAAGACAUUCGUUAAUUUAUUGAAGGUAUUAUGCUCCGUUUAUCGGUAGGGAGGCAUGAUAAUGGCCAUCGAGGUGAUUGUGAAAUUUGUACUUCUUACUAAGAACAAGUGAAGCCGUUAAUAAAAGGAAUGGUAGCGGUUCCCACAUUCUAGCAUAAUUGCCAUGUGUCUGAUAGGUAUUAUGCUAAGAAUGUGCGGUAUCGCGGAUACAUUCCGCUUCAAUAAUUGGAGUAAACUGUGCUCUGUUGGUCUGUGAUAUUGAAUCGUGAAAUUUUGUAUUUAUUGCUAUCUUGAGAUUAUAACGUAUACUAUACUGUAUAUAUAUAGAGGUUAUCAUUCCGUGGCCUGUACAAUUGCGUAUAUGUGAUUAAUCUCGUAUUAUACAUGAACAAUACAAAUAAUAGAUCUUGAGAACAUUACGAAAAUAUUAAGACAGUUUCUUGUUCGUGAUGAACGUCAUAAAACGUUAAAAAGGUUGCAGUGAGUGUCUAGUUAGUGUUACCCGUGAAAAAUUAAUUAUUCGAAACUGUGUAAAUUUUACAAUUUUUCAUUUUGGUAAUUUUUCAAAAUAAUAUCGUUCAAUCGACUCCGGUCGAUUUUUUAAAAUAACAAUGAAAGUUGCUGUUGUUGGAGCUGGCGUGAUCGGUGUGACUACUGCUGUGAUGAUAAAAAGGACAUUUCCACAUUUGUCUGUAACUAUUUUUGGAGAAGUCUUUACACCAAAUACCACGGGCGACGGGAGCGCAGGACUUUGGGGUCCUUAUAUUCUUGGGGAUACACCGAGUGAAGACGUGCUCCGAUGGGCCGGCGGUACUCACCGUUGGUUGGAAGAACUGUGGAGAUCUGGUCUUGCACCAGAAGCUGGAAUUUGUUUGGUGCCAGUUUACAGAGUCACAAGUGAUUCAAAGGGAUAUCCAAAACCUAUUUGGUCGUCUUUGGUUUACGGUUGUCAUGAAUUGAGCCCUGAGCUUUUGAAAAAAAUUAAUAUUGAGCAGAAAUCCAAUUACAGUGGCGGAUGGCAUUUUUUAACGUAUACCGUCGAGCCGACACUACUAUUGCCGUGGCUGCUGAAAGAAUUCAAGACGCGAGGCGGAAUUGUUAUUAAGAGAAAAAUUAAGUCGUUCGAAGAAUUCAAAAUGGAAGGAUACGACAUUAUCAUAAAUUGCAGUGGACUCGGUGCCAGGAUACUGGCUCAGGACACGGAGGUUCAUCCGAUCAGGGGUCAAGUUUGCAGAGUCGAUGCUUCCUGGCAAUUCGAAGUGCACUUGAGCGACGAUGAUAACGGAAAUUAUAUAAUUCCAAACAUGAACAGUGUCGUGCUUGGUGGUACUCACCAAGCAGGUGACUAUAAUCUUCAAGUUUCGCAAGAAGAUUCAAAUUUCAUUCUCAAAGGAUGUUAUAGAAUGUCGCCGGCUUUGCAGAAAUCAAGAAUCUUGAAAGAAUGGGUUGGGCUUCGUCCAGGAAGGAUGCAAGUUUGUUUGAAACUAGAAAUUCUGCGAAGCAAAAAUGGAGAGAAUUAUUUAGUGAUACACAACUAUGGUCACGGUGGUAGCGGUGUCACUCUGAGUUGGGGAUGCGCUCAAGACGUUGUGAAAAUUUUGAAAAAAAAAAUAUUUGCAAAAUCCAAAUUGUAAUAAGAUGAGUAUAAAUAAAAUAAAUUGACCUC